AUGCCACUAAUCAAUUAUGCUACAAAACGACAACACCAUCAAAUGACACCAAAAAACGCUGAUGCCAAAAAAGCGACACCAAAAAACGACAACACGACUGCAUUAGAAACGAUGACACCAAAAAAUGAUGACACUAACGACGAG